AUGCCUUCCGUGCUCCUCUUCGGGCCAACUGGCCUCAUUGGAUCUCGUGUAGCCAUCGAUCUCAAGAAAGCAUAUCCUGAAUGGCCACUGACGGUGUUUUUGCGCAACACGAACGUCGACGAAUGGUUCAAGACCACUGCCAAGGCAGAUCGAAUCGUCCAUGGGACCAUUUCCGACACAGAGCUGGUGCGAUCGUUGAGCAAGGAACAUGACAUAGUCAUCAAUGCCAUUACUUCUUUCGAUGGCGACUUUGUCAAGACGAUUAUCUCAGGCAUGGAAGAAAGGCCCGAGCACGCCAAAGGCACCCUGAUCCAUAUAUCUGGAACCGGCAACUUCAUUGAUUAUGGCAAGAGUGGCAAUUUCAAUCCCGACAGCAAAGUGUGGAAUGAUGACAACGAGGAGGACAUCCGAAAGAUCGUUCCGACCAUGUUCAAUGGACCUACGGACGUACCGGUGCUCGAAGCGGGAGAACGGGGAAAGAUCAUUACCUAUAUCGUCUGUUUUGGCAUAACAUACGGGACGAACAUUGGACCUGCACCAAACCUGGGGGUUGCCUACAACAUCUUUACCAUGAAUGCCAAACAGCAUGGAUUCGUCCCGUAUGUUGGCGAUGGCUCGGCUGUGGCCAGUACGAUUCAUGUGGCCGAUGGCGUCCCAUUCCUCACAAAGAUCGUUGGCAUCGCUGGAACGGAGAAACCCACAGGCAGCGCCUACUCGAGGUAUUACAUCCUUCAUGGCGAGAGAGUGCCCUGGAAGGAGUUGGGCUCUGUACUGGCGAAGGUAUUGCAUGCCAAGGGCGUCGUGGCUUCACCAGAGCCCAAGAGCGUGCCAGCGGCUGAGGCCGGGCAAGGCGAGAUCGGGUCGCUGAUAGCUGCGAACAUGUUGGUGAAGGGAGACCGUGCUGCCCGGUUGGGUUUCAAGGCCACGCAACCGUCGAUCCUGACGCAGAUCGAGGAGGAUCUGGGGGCUCACAACUUCUAG